GUUUUAUUUGGUGAAUUAGGGUAUUUCAGUUUUCGAUAUGAGCCACGAGGUAGCAUAACACAAAGGUCUGAACGAGUCAAGGUCUGUAAUCCUAAUCACUAUACAUUUGAAUGGCCGUCCCAAGGCCCCCAGCUGCCCGUUCCGGAGGGGAGCAAGAUGCAGAAGACACAAAUACAACUGCUGUUCCUUGGCUUAGGGUAGUACUGCAAACGAUGUUCUUUAUGUUCGUCUAUCAGUUUUUUAUCGCCAAUAGGGCAGCGCCCCAGGAGAAGAGAGACGCAGCUGCUGCAUCUGGUGUCUCGGGAGUGGCCGGUGUGAGCUCUGCUGCCCCCAGGCAGGGGCACGUGUUCUAUGACCCAUUGUUUGCCGACGGAGCGGAAGCCUACAUGAGCAUCUACAUCAACGAGCAGUCAAGUUUUGGCUUAAAUCCGAGCGAAACGGCAGCCAUCUGGGAGAAAAGUCUGGCCAUCGGUAACUGGAGCCAACACCCCGACAUCGACCCGAGCUUUGCCAUCACACACGCUCUUCCCAUAUCGGACAACGUCAAGAACAACGGUUCACUCUAUGUGCACGUGGUGCUGUCAGGCCCCGCCCACUUGCUUGGUAGUGCCGUGGAUUCGUGUAGCGCAGUUGGAGAUGAGUGCAGUGGGGAGACGAACGGUGACGCUGUUAUAGUUACCAGGACGCAACAGCUGACUAUAUACAAGGAGGUUGCAAAAGCCAACACGAAGAAACGCCUGCUGUUCGAAGAUGAAGUGGACGCGAAUGCGGAACCAACACCUACGCCUCAUGCAGACGGAACCAUCAUCGCUUACUGGCACCCGAAUAUAACGAUCAAUCUUGUUUACGACAUGGGAAAGAUCGCUCGUAAACAGCUCCCAGAGCCAUGCCUGCAGUAUCUUAACUUUAACGAUGAAAGCCUUACAUACGACAACGUCAUAUACGUUAACAAUUUCUGGAACCUCGCGGAAGAUCGCAUCCCCGUGAAUGAUACUCUGGACACACUCCAGGUGCAUCUGCAAGUAUAUCCCGUGGGCCUCUUCAAAUGGAACUUCUUUCUGUCCAUGAAGGAGUCAAUGAGACAGCAGCAAAUGUUUGGGGGUGCUGCGGCGGGCGAAUCUGAUAUGAUGAAGCGCAUGUUGACCGACACUAAUCCCAUCCUGCUGGUGGUGACCAUGAUUGUCACCGUUCUGCACACGGUAUUCGACAUACUCGCGUUCAAAAAUGAUAUUCAAUUCUGGAAGAACCGCAAGUCUGUAGAAGGGUUGUCCAUCCGGACCAUCUUUACCAACCUCUUUUUCCAAAUUGUGAUCUUCUUGUACCUGGUAGACAACGAAACCAGCGCCAUGAUACUUUUCAGUACGGGCACAGGUAUUCUGAUUGAGAUGUGGAAAGUCACUAAGGCCUCGGAUGUCACUGUGCAUCACAAUCAGAGGUGGUUCGGCAUUAUACCGAAAGUUAGCUUCGACGAUAAGAAGUCAUACGCUGUGUCUAAGACCAAGGAAUACGAUGACUACGCUUAUUCCUUCCUCGGGAAACUCCUGGGACCGUGCAUUGCCCUGUACUCGAUCUAUGCACUAUACUACAACGAAUAUAAGAGUGUCUACUCGUGGGUCAUUAAUAGCUUGGUUGGUGCCAUCUACACUUUCGGUUUUAUCGCCAUGACGCCGCAACUGUUCAUCAAUUACAAACUGAAGUCGGUUGCGCACAUGCCUUGGCGGAUGAUGACUUACAAGGCCCUUAACACCUUCAUCGAUGAUCUCUUCGCCUUCAUCAUUACAAUGCCGUGGCUGCACAGACUGGCGUGCUUGCGUGAUGAUGUAAUCUUCUUCGUAUACCUGUAUCAGAAGUGGGUUUAUCCCGUUGACCCAAAUCGAAGGAACGAAUUUGAAGGCGGCGAUGCAGCUGGAAACAAGGAUGAGACGGAGUCCGGCGGCGAUAUUGAUACAUUGAAAGAUGCUGUCAGCCCGGUGGAGGACGCGACAAAGAGCCCAAGUGUGGCUGCGGACGCCACAAUAACGAGCAAGAAAAGGAACGAAACUGAAGACAGGACUGCAACAGGCAAUGGGGAUGAAGCAGAGACUAGCGACGAUAAUACAGCAGGAAAGUAGGAUGAGAAUGAGACUAGCGACAAUAUUAGUACAUCGAAAGAUGAUGUCAGCCCAAUAGAGGUCACGGCAAGAGACCUAUCUUAGCUGAGAGCACCGUGAAGAGUGCGAGGAGUUGCAAUCGCAUCACUUCACGUACGACACAUAUUACGGAAACAGUUUGUAGCUGUUCGUACCAACAAAGAUUAAAGAAUUAUAAUUCCAC